CUCGCUUUACAUGGAAAUGGCGCCCGCGUUGAACUCUAGCAAGAAGACAGUUCUGUAGCUAGCUAGUCUAGAUCAGAAGACUUGUUAAAGACACGGUCCUUCAUACUAUAAUAUUUGUGGGUUAUUGACAUUUGUCUUCAAAAACAAAAGGGAUUCGGAAGAAAAUCGUAUUAUUAUGACAGAGCCGAAGAAGAGUCGCAACCGAAAAGACAUUACCGCAUUUUAGUACGUCGACAACAUCAGACAGUGAGUGAACAUGCGUGACCUGGCUGCCCAGGUCACCAGCAGCCUGCUGUGUUUCCCGAAGGUGACUGUCGACGCUCUGGGGGAGGAUGAGAUCACCCUGGACUCUGUGCUGCGCGGGAAGUUCACCGUCGGUCGCAGCGGGCUGGCCUGGCUGGCAUGUGGGCCCCAGCUGGAGGUGGUCCAUGCGGUGACGGGCGAGCGUCUGUCCGCCUACUGCUUUAGCGGCGAGGGGGAGCACCCCCCAGGCGUGCUGGCGGCCAGGGACUUCUCCUGGCUGAAGAGGACAGGUCUGCUGGUGUGCCUGGAGGAGGCCCAGGGUAGCAUGCUGUGUCUCUACGACCUGGGCAUCUCCCGAGUGGUCAAGGCCGUGGUCGUACCGGGCAGGAUCACGGCCAUCGAGCCCCUGGUGAGUUAUGGUGGGGCCAGUGCUAGCACACAGCACCUCCACCAAAGCCUGCGCUGGUUCUUUGGCGUGGCAGCUGUGGUCACGGACCUGGGACACGUCCUCCUGGUGGACCUGUGUCUGGAUGACCUGUCCUGCAGCCAGAGCGAGCUGGAGGCCUCAGACCUGGAGGUAGUGACUAAGUCCCCGGCUGAGAUCCCCCGGCUGCGCGAGCAGGAGACGCGCCAGGGGAGACACCUCUGUCUGCAGCUGAGCAGCCCCACGGGCACGGGGGCCACGGCCCUGCAGUACAUCCCCCGCACCAACCAGCUGGCCGUGGGCUUCUCCGACGGAUACCUGCAACUCUGGAACAUGAAGACGCUCAAGAAGGAGUAUCACUCCCAGCUAGAGGGCGGAAGGGUGCCAGUGUACGCGUUCACCUUCCAGGAGCCAGAGAACGACCCCCGUAACUGCUGCUACCUGUGGGCUGUCCAGUCUGCCCAGGACAGUGAGGCGGACGGGGUCAGCCUCCACCUGCUCCAGCUGGCCUUCAGUGAGAGGAAGUGUCUGGCCUCAGGGAAGAUAUUCUAUGAGGGUCUGGAGUACUGUGAGGAGCGGUACAGUCAGGAGCUGAGCAGCACCGCCUUCCCCCCCAGGGCUCAGACCACCAACACCCGCCUGCUCAGCUGCCAGACCAUUGAGAAGUUCCGACACCACCCAGACCGAGACGAGAGUAUGAAUGAAGUUGCAUCUCCAGACACCAGCGUGUCCAUUUUCAGCUGGCAGGUGAAGGCCUAUGGACAGGGCAACCCCUCCACCUACAUCGGCGUCUUUGACAUAAACCGAUGGUACCACGCACAGAUGCCCGACUCUCUAAGAACGGGGGAGUCUCUGCGCAGCUGUCCCUACCUUGCCGUGUGGUCUUUGGACACGGUGGUGGAGAUGACGUCGCCCUGCCCCCUGCUGGACAUCCUGGUGCACGAGCGCAGCCUGAGCCGUGGCCUGCCCUACACCAGCCCCCCGCCAGAACAAUUCUUCAAACCCACCACAUACAACUUCGAUGCAACCUGUUUGCUCAACACUGGCCUCGUGCACCUAACUUGCUCUGGCUAUCAGAAAGAGACUCUGAGCUUCCUGAGGAAGGCUGCUUCCUGCUCCAGUGAAGUCAUCUCAAACGGCUACUCCCGCUGCCUGAUGUCCGGCCUGCUCUCCUCUCGCCUGGCCGACGUGCAGCCCUCCAGCCUCUCUCAGGAGGAGCAGUUGGACGCCAUCUUGUCCACGGCGGUAGAGACCAGCUCCCUGGGUCUGAUCACUGGCUGUAUCAAACAGUGGACCGCUGAAGAGCAACCAGGCUCUGCGGUGAACCUGCGCUACAUUCUGGAGUGGGCCUGGGACAAGGUGGUUCUCACCAAGGAAGAGCUGGACGGCAUAUGUGCGCCCCUGUUUGACAGCUCGUCUAACUUCACGGACCCCCAGACCCUCCAGCUGCUGCAGCACAGCCAGAGACUACUGGGGAACCUGAGCACCAUCUUCCACUGUCUGCUCAGCGAGGCACAGGAACUCACUCAGAGAGGUUUGCUGGGACUCGUCAAUAAGAACCUGGUGUCCAGCCUCAUCUCCCAGUACGCACGGGUGGUCCUAUGGUUCUGUCGGACCGGUCUCCUGCCUGAGGGCUCCGAUGAGGACGCUGUGCAGAUCUCCAGGCCAUUCUACAGCUACUCAGUUAUCCAGAACUACUACACCCUCCGCAGAGAGGAGCUGCAGCAACUGUCCAAGGGGAAGUGGUGUGCCGAUUGCCUGAUGAUUGACGGCCUGGUCGCCCAAUGCGGGGCUCGUUUGGUUGACCUGUGGAAACGGGACGAGGGUGGGACGGGACAGUAUCCGCCCCCUACGCUACACGGCCUGCUUGAUAUUUACCUGCUGGAAAACAUUGAUGAGACUGCUAAGCACGCCAUCGUGAUCUACCUGCUGCUGGAUGUGAUGUACUUUUCUAACAAGAGCGGGGCGUCUGUGGAGUCCUUCCCCAAUGCCUUCGCAAUCCCCAUCGGCCUGGUCAAGCUGGUGCAGGGCCUCUGGCUGCUGGACCACCACGACCACCAGAACUCCCUGGAGCUUCUCCUGCAUCCGGCCACCUCCCCGUCCCUGUGGGGCUGGCAGCACGGCCAUGUCCUGCAGGCUCUAAUGUGCCAGGGGCAACACGGAGUCGCCCUACGCUACCUCCAUGUCAUGAAGCCCCCUCUCUCCUCCACUGCUCAGGCCCAACUCUGCCUCUCCGUGUUGCUACACAACAGGUGUCUGGUGGAGGCGUUGGCCUUGCUGAGGCAGCAAUCCAACCGUCUGAACGCGGAGGAAUUGUUAAGGUUCCUCUAUGAGACCUGUCAGGAGCUGGGUCUCAUGAAGGAGCUGCUCAAACUGCCCCUGGGCCUCGCUGAACAGGAGUGCUUGGAGAGGUUCCUACAGGGUACAGGGGGUCUCCAGAACAGGGAGCUUCUGAUGGUGCACUACCUGCAGCAGGCCAACUACGUCCCCGCCCUGCAGCUCAACCACACCCUCAAGAUGAACACGGUGAAUGAGAGGGAUCCCAAGUUGAAGGAGAGAACCCACACGAGGAACUCUAUCCUGGACCAGUACGGGAAAAUUCUCCCUCGGGUCCAGAGGAAGCUGGCCACUGAGAGGUCUAAGCCGUACCACCACCCUGCCACCAUCCUCAGAGAGGUGUCGCGACCACAGCCCCUGUCGACCAUCGCCAAGCGGUCGGCCAAUGAGAACGUGCUGACCAGAGCAGCGUUCAUCAACAAUGUCCUGUCGAAGAUCGAGGAAGUGUGGGUGGGAGGGAACGCCACGCCCCAGUCCUCGCCAUUCAAGAGCCCCAGUGCAGCAGAGGCACUGUGCCCCAGCCCCCUGUUCCCCUCCCGGGAUCUGCCCGAGGCCUUCGUGGGCACGCCCAUCACCAUGACCUCCAAGAGGAAGUCCAGGCUGCUAGAACUGGUGGUGCACCCCUCCCCUCAGACCACUCCCCCGGAGGGCUCACGGCCACUGCUGACGCCCCCCAGGUCGGCCACCUCCUGGAACCCCCCAAAAAGUAUCAACAAGGCCCCAGAGCUUAGUCUGCUGCAGACCCCACAGGUGGUCAAGCGAGCACGAGCGCUGGCGGCAUCCGGCCCCGUGUUCUCGGCCUUCACCCCCCAAUCCAUCCUGAGGAGCAGCUUGCGCCCCAUGGCCACCCCCACUACCUCCCCUGGGCGCUCUGUCACCCCCCCGCCGCGCCCCAAGGAGAGCCGCAUCACCUUCAUCAAGGAGACGGCCAUGCCAGAGAAAGGCCCCCUCCGCUGGAGCAAUGGGAUCGCAACAGAGAAUGAAAUUAGUUUGCUGACCAGAGGCUCCCCACUGCCCAAGGCUGGACUGAUGGCCUGGAUAUCACACCCUGCAGCUGAGGAUGAUGAAGAGUUAGAGGAGGAUGAGGUGAAGGUGACACAUGUGAAGUUCCUGCCACCACCGGUCCCCGAGCCCUCACCAGAGAAAGGAGAGUCUGAGAGCGGCUCCUCUGGCCAAGAGGUCGUUGUGGUAACCACGUUGCCAGGACGACUCAGCCUGGGCCUGGAAAUGAGCCAGGCCUCUGUCCUAUCAAUAGACACCACCCUUGAGUUCCAUGAUGCACCUCUCCCUGAAGACCUGGAGAGGGAGGAGGCACUUAAACAGACAGUUGUAGACGAAGAGGAAGUGGUGGUUAACCUCAAAACUCCAGCAGUACCAGAAGUCCAGCCACCACAGGUGGAAGUGCAGCCUGCAACAGCCAAUGAGCCAACUCUCCUCCAGUCUGUGGAGGAAGGGCAGGAAGUAAAGGAAGAGACCAUCAACAGCCAAGAGGAAGUGGCUGUAGAUCAGGAGUUGGACCAGGAAGUAGAGGAGAUGGAGGUCAACCCCAAACAAGAAGAGUCUGAGGCUAAACAGGAUGAUGAAAUUGUAGUGGAACCAAGGCUCACACAGGAAGUAGAACUGACACCAGACACGGAAGUGUUUGAGGAACUGAACCUUGACCAGAAAGAGAAGCCUAACCAUGAGCCUGCGGUGGAGACUGCAGAGCAGCCAGAGGUGGCGAUGGUGGUAGAGGAGGAGACUGGAGAGGAUGAAUCACAACCCACUGCACCGAUUGAACCAGUGGAAGACAUGGAACAUACAGAUCUGGACGAGUUUGUAGAGUGCCAUCUAUUUGGCAGUGGCCUGUCUCCACCCCUGACCCACUCGUGCAUCCUCGAGACUUCUGACAACUGGACCUCCUUCAACAGUGAACCGGUGUGUGGCGUGGUGGAGGAGGAGGAGCCUGCCCUUAUCACUGCCCCCCCGGCCCUCACCACCCAGAAGUCUGUAUCCUCGUCAGACACCACCGGGACCGACUCCCACUCUGUGGUGAGCCUGAACGACAGUGAGGAACUCUCUGGUGCUGCGUCGGAGGAUGAAGAGGAGUCGUCCUCGUCAGACGUCCCUUCUGAGGACUCUGGCAGUGAGGUGGAGAUCAUCGAGGAGGUGCAGGGGAACGGGAGGCAGCGAGCUCCCCUGCCCUUACAGCCACAUCCCCAGUUCCUGUCUGACCUAUCGGAGCAGGACGCAGCUGUGCUCUCAUUGGUCACCCCAGAGGCAGACCUAAAGAUGGUGGAGGAUGACAUGGAUGGGGAGGUGGUGAUGAUCAGGCUGGGGGCAGCAGGAGACGAGGGGGUCUGCUACACAGAGCUGAAGCCCUCCACCACCCUGCUGGUUCCUCUGGAGCUGCUGGAGGCGCAAGGGAAGGCCCUGGCAGAUGGAGUCCGCCUGGGUCAAACCGAGGUGGGGGAAGGCAAUGAGCCGGAGGUACCCCUCUCUGAAGCCAACAGCAGCUUCUCUCUUAUGCUGGAGGCUGAGGAUGGGAAUGCAGACAUCGUACCACUGGAGGUACCACUAGAACCCACUGAGCAUCUGACCGCAGAGAGAGCGUCUGACAAGCCUGCUGCUGACCUGGAGGUCAUCUGCCUGGGCACAGAUGACCAGGACAUCCCCCUUGCUGAGGCUGAACCCCAGGAGGAACAGGGGGCUGAGACCCUGGAGGGGAUGGAUACCUUGGAGGCAAGCUUUAAUAGCUGGACGGAGGCAGAGACUGAUGGACCUGAGGCUUUGUCGGAGGAGAAUGUUCCUCAAGUCACAGACGUCCUACCUGAAUCCUCUGAGGCCGUGGCUGAAGAUGAACUGACCGGGACUGAACCAACCAGAUCAGCUGAAGAUGGAGAUGUUGACGUAGACAAUGUAGAAGAGCCAGAUGAGAUCCCUGCUGAACCAACCGAAGCAGAAGAGCCUUCACCAGUCCUGGUUGAGAACGAGCAGCCCAGCAGAGCGAAGAAGGGAACAGAUGAGGUGACCAUGGAAGAGGAGACUGUCCCGUGUGCUCAGAGUCAAGAGGAGGAGAUGAAGGCUGAUGACAUUGAGCUGGAUGCUGAGAAAGAGAUGGAGGAGCCUGUCGCUGUCCCUGCAGACCUGCCUCUGGUAGAAAGUAAAGGACCCAUCCAGUCAGACAACCAUGAACCUGCCCAGGGAGAAGCCGUAAGCGAUGUGGCUACCCCUCAAACCGCAAAGCUCUCUACAGCAAGUAAGGAGGAGAGGGAGCCCAUCAAGCCUCGCAACAUCCAGUCUGAGUCUGUGUCUGAAACCUUGGAGGUCAGGAAAGCCCCAUCCACCCCAACGCGCAGGGCCACCAUGCAGAGGAAGACGGUGAAGUUCACCUCAUUGGAGCCGGAGAGACCUGGGUCAGAGGGUGACGAGAGGCUGGCAGGACAGAUUGAGAUGGAGACGGACUCUCAGGUCCCGGCCACGCCCAGACGGAUCACCAGGAGUGGCCAUCACGGACAGGACUCCAGAGUUCCCGUCACCCCUCGACGGAGCGCCCGGAAAACCGAACGCCAGCCAGAACCCGAGCCUCGGAGAGAGGAGAGGAAAGGAGAGGAAGAGGUCUCAGUCCUCAUCACUGAGGCUGCUGUGGUUAACUCCAAGCCCACCCCGGCCAAAAGGCACACCCAACAGAAGGCCACUCCGAGGAUGGGAACUCGGCGGACCAGGAACACCCAGGUGGAGGGCGAAGAGGAACCAACAGCCAUGGAUGAAACAGCCAGCAAGGGGUCAGUGCUGUCGGUUAGACGCAGUGCUAGGAAGAGCCGAACUGGAACCAAGACCCCAGCGGCCCCUGAGGAAGAGAAGCCAAACGAUGAAGAGGACAUAAAGCAGACCAGCAGUCCAGGCAGGGUGACCCGCAAGUCGACCCGAAGGGGUGUGAACCUCGCCCUCUUCACAAAGAAAGAGGAAGUGUUCACCGUGGACCCUCCCCGCAGCCUUAGGAAGACGAGGGGUGAAGGCACCGCUGAGAAGACAAAAGACGCCCCCGUGUCGUUCUGUCGACCAACCAGGAGCCGUCUGUGGAACCACCAGGAGGAGGACCUGCCCCUGUUGGAGACGCCCCUGGAGGUGGACUCCGGAACUCCUGUGGCCGACGCCCUCAUCAAGAGACUCCACGACGAGGAGGCCAAACGGAAAGUGGGUGAGACCUUGGUCGUCACGGAGAUGGUGCAAGCCAAUAGGAGAGGUAUUAAGUCGCAAGGUCAGUGGGCGCCCUCUCCACCCCCGAUGGUGGAGAUGAUGGUGUCUGAGGCCGAACAUGGAAGCCCUGUCAGGGACUCAUUCAUCUACUCACCACCUCGGAGGAGAACUAGAGGUAGGAUAGCAGAGUCGCCCUGUCAGAAUGGCGUGUCUGCGCCUCCCAUUACUCGUACCAGGCGACCGGACGCCAGUGCAGCACGCCCUGUAAACGAGGACAAGAACUCGUCAGGAGAGGAGGUGGAGAUGGCGGCUGCUAAAACCAGAACAACCAAGAGACGAACAACCAAGCCCAAAGCAGCCCCGGCGUCCCCUACCCCAGCCAAGGUGGAUCUGAUCUCUCCCGUGCCCAGCCCGGCCGAGCGUGCCGCGAGGAGGAGGGUGGUGGAGGAGAACGAAGCCCCUCGGAUGAACCUCCGACGUAAACGAGUGCUGGAGGCCAUCUUCCCCAAACCAGUCACCCGCCGGAAGAAGCUAUGAUCGGAUGCCAUUUUCCCCCUAAACAAAACUACAGCAUCAACUUGGGAGUCUUCCAGACUCGGUCAGAACUCAUGGGGUGUGUCUUCAUCUCCUUUCCUUCAUCUGAACUGCUCUGAAAAAUAGGAUGGGGAAAGGGAGUAUGGUGCCUACUGGGUAUUUCCAAUACAUGUCAAUGCAGAUGAAGGAAAGGAGACGGAGAGGAAUCCACUUUAGACUAUAGAGAUGCACCCGUGGACUGGACUCUACUCCUAGGAAGCGAUUUUAUUCUCCACCUUUCUUUUAAGAACUUUUGCAGCCUGCUGUUUUAUAUUUAAGAAGACAAACAAACCAGUGGAGAAUUUUUUUUUUUAAAUGAAUAAUCGGAUUUAAUUUGGGAGAUUGAUAUAAUAAUUUUAUAUAAAUUAUUGUAAUGUUUACAGGGAGGAAGACCGGUAUUUGAACAACAAAAAAAGAGUGAUUGGUUUUUAUUUCUGGAGAACUCGUACAUUUAUAUGAAUGGUCUCUUUUGCUAUGUUAUGAAUAAAGUUGAAUACUUGUGAAUGAUCUGAUUUUAUUUGUAGUGCAGAGCCAGCCCUAGCCACUAAGAGACCGCUUAGGGCCCUGCGGCCGCUAGGGGGCCCCGACCGCAAUUUUUUUGAUAGGGGUCUCAACUUUGUGGGGGGUCUCAACGUGCUGUUAAGAGUUACAAUGGAACAAUACACAAGGUGUAAUUUUGACAUGUGGUUGUCCAACAUUUUUUAUGUCACUUAAUUAGCCCAUGUCAGCUACAUUUGUUUAGAUUGCUGGACUAAUUUAACAAUCUAAACUUGUAGUAAUCAUGGUUGAAUUACUGAUCAGACACACUGAACGUAAUCAGGGGCUGUGACCUCCAGGGGGCCCCCUAUGGAUUUAGUUCGUCACUUACUCAGACGUCAUAUUAAUAUGGCAUAAGAGCGUUUGUUAAGUGACUGACUAAAAAUGUUAAUGUAAAUCAUAGAGGGCAAAAUGUGUACAACUGCAGGAAGAUAACCAGGCUAGAGCCGGUUCUGUUGUAGCUUCUCAAUGUUUGUCUCAUAAUCAUAUUGCCGAUGUUAGCCUUAAAAGACAAUUUUGUAAAGUUAAUUUGCUGUUGUUUUUAAAAAUAUAAAUUCACACUAAUCUGGGUUGUUUGGGGUUAUUUUCCUAUAAUGUACUGUAUCACUAACAUGUACAUAACCUGCACCGUGAAUCCACUGGGGGUGAUGAGGCUUGUUUGCUUUUAAGGUCAUUUGACCAGCUGAACGCUAUUUUCAGAUGAAUGUAGAAUGUCUUCAGUGACUUUGACAAUAUGGUAAAAGCGGAAGUAUUUCAUUAAAAGUGAGCUGAACUUAA